AUGGUGAAGGCGGCAUCUCCGAGCGUAAAAGCAAUCUUUAUUCUGGACAGUGAUGGUAAUCGCGUAUGUGCCAAAUAUUACGAUAAGUCGUACCCGACGCAAAAGGAGCAGCUACAGCUGGAGAAAAAGUUGUACACUAAGACCAAGAAUUCUAGCUCUCGUUCAGAAGCCGACAUCAUUCUUGUUGAGAAUAUCGUGAGUGUAUACCGCUGUGGAUCAGACACGACAAUGCAUGUAAUUGGCUCGGCUCUGGAAAAUGAGCUCAUCUUGUUGACAGUCUUGAACUCGGCUUUUGACACUGUCAGCAAUCUUCUAAAAGGACGAAUGGACCGACAUGUGAUGCUGGACAAUAUUGAGCUUGUGCUGCUUACAUUUGAUGAAGUUGUCGACGGCGGAAUUAUCUUGGAGGUUGACACACCAUCAAUCUCAAACCGUGUGCUUAUGCGCGGUAUUGACAACGAAGUUCCGAUGGCAGAACUCACCAUUUCACAGGCGUUUGCUUCAGCUCGCGAGCAAUUUUCGCGCUCUUUUCGCAGCUAG